GUCAACCUUGCUCAUUAGCUGGACCCUUGACUGAUUGCAAUCUCCUUGGGCUUUCACUCAUCAGUCAGUUAAGAGACCCAUCCGGCAGCAUCAGCAGCUGCUCCAGCACCGUGCGUAAAAAGGAUCCAAACUCGCAGGCGACUAAAACCGCGGGGAUGCAUCCCAGUUCAACGACCUCGACGCCCUUUUCCGUGAAGGACAUUUUGAGAAUCGAGCACCAGCAUGACUAUGAAAAUGAUUUUUUGAUGACUGACCAGGUUGUGCCGAUGCACCAUCAACAAGUGCACGCUGCGCCCCGAAACUGUGACUUCUACGACUGCCAGCCUGAGCCGUGCGUCUCCGCAGCACGGGGGAAGCUGGAUACUCACAAUUUAGAAGGAGAAGGGGAGAUACACGAGCAGGAGAUCUGCGGCCUUGACAGCUCACCAGACCGCGACACAGACGCCAAAAGCAGACCCAGGGUGCGCAGGAAGCCCCGGGUCCUCUUCUCUCAGUCCCAGGUGUCCGAGCUGGAGAGACGCUUCAGGCAGCAGCGCUACCUGUCCGCCCCGGAGAGAGAGCACCUGGCCCUCAUGCUCAAACUCUCCUCCACCCAGGUUAAAAUCUGGUUUCAGAACAGGAGGUACAAAUGUAAGCGUCAGAGGCAGGACAAGUCUCUGGAGCUGGCGGGCUAUCCACCUGCGCCCAGGAGGGUGGCGGUGCCGGUGCUGGUGAGGGACGGGAGGCUGUGCGACGCAGGUUCCCAUUCAGCCCCUUAUAAUGUGACACUCGGACAUUAUAACCCCGUGUUUGGUUAUGGAAACAGCAGCCUGUACGGAUGCAAUUAUGUCUCACAUUCAGCGAGUAUGACUCCCUCACAGAUGUCCAAUAAUCAGUUGGUUGAUUUAACCGGGAACGCUGAGGGGCCUUUCAGCCACGGACAGUUUCAGCCUUCUUUACAGGGAGUAAGAGGCUGGUGAUUACAGGAAUAGACUGUCGAAUGGUGAUGGUAAACUUUGCAUGGGACGCUAUCUGGUGCCAAUAUUCUUUUCUUGAAAGAUCGGUUAAUGGGCUCAAACUCUUAAAGUAUUUUUAUUAUUAUUUUGGAUGGCUAAUUUCAGUUAAUAUUAAAGAAAUGUA